UACUCAAUUUGAAGUAUUUUUGCAACUAUAUAUUGGGUUUUGUAUAGUUAAGAUAAUUUCAGUGAGCAUACCAAAAUAAUCAAUCAUCACAAAAAGAAAAUAUUUACAGAAAUUUAUUUUAAUUUUAUAAUUGCCAAAAAUCAUUCAACCAUAAGAAUCAGUAACCAAAGACAACAUCAUAGAAGAUAUAGUAUCGAUCGAUUGAGAUACAUAGAUAGACUGAAGAGGAAUAUGAAAAAUAUGGGGGAAAAUGAUUACUCUUCAUCUCAUUGGAGAAGGAAGACCAUACAAUCUUUAGUAUCAAUAGCGACUCAAACCAUUGCUGCCAAUAUUAAUUAUAUUCAAGAUAUUGGUACCACACCAUAUCAUUUACUAGAAUCGGUGCUAAGUCGUAUGAAUUCGAAACAACUUAAUCAGAUUGAAACUCAAUCUCCUCAUAUAACUAUUCAUUCCGAUAAAUUAUGGCAAGGUUUGAUUGAAAAAGAUUUCCCUACAAGGCCCAAUAAUUUAGAUCCUAUCCAAUCUCAAGGUUCAUCUAUGCCUUAUAAAGCAUUAUAUUAUCGAUAUACUAAAGAACGAGAAAUGUUUCAAAAGGAUUCAACCGAUAGAUUAAGGAAAAUCACGAAGAAAUUAGAAAAGGAAAAACAAGUUAAUAAAAUUAUAGUUGCAAAGGAAUUAUUAAAGGAUCCAACUAUAAGACGAAGACCUCAAUAUCAUUCAAGUACAAGACAAACCACUCUCCCGAAAGCAAAUACAAUCUUGGGGAAAGCACGAAAAGAUUUAAAGAAUCGACAUUUGAUCUUUCCUAAACAACAUUUAAAACCAUAUUCUGCAUUUGAUGCAUUUAAAGAUCGAGCAUCUCCUCCUCCUCCUCAUCCUUCAAGAAUCCUUCAUCGACAUGCUCCAACCAGUUUCAAUACUAAUCCAAUCAGCGAAGUUAUACCUGAACCUAUGCUGGUCUCGACAAGCAAUUCACCACCACCUCUAGCUAAUCCUAUUAAUAGAUCACCAAGUCCACUAAUGAUAAGGAAACGAAAAUCAGAACCAUCGAUUUUCUUAAUGUCAAGGAAUAAAAAUAGAUUACAGCCGGCUGUAAUUAAACCUAAACCAAAACCUAAACCAUCAACAGAAGAGACUGUACCUACUGCCAGAGUUAAAGCGGUCAAAUCAUCUAUAUUCAGCUAGAGAGACAAUGUUUUGUUAUGUACGAUUAUGUAUAAACACCUAAUGAUAAUGAUAUUUAUAGUAUUACUAAUAUACAAAUUUU